CACCCUCAGAGAGAGAGAGAGAGAGAGAUUCUUCUUCUUCUACAGAUACAGCGAAGAAGCAAACGCAUACCUCGUGAGAGCCCAAAACUCCUUUCCGUCUAUUCUUUCUCUUCUCUCUCUCUCUCCUAUUUGGGUUCUUAAAUCACCGGUUUGCAUAGAGGGUAAGACCGUGGAGGAGUUAACCGGAGCCGAAAUGACGUCGGAUGGUGCCACGUCAGCGUCUACGGCGGCGCGCAGGAAGCCGUCGUGGAGGGAGAGAGAAAACAACCGCAGGAGAGAGAGGAGGCGAAGAGCCAUAGCUGCGAAGAUAUACUCUGGUCUCAGAGCUCAGGGCAACUAUAAUCUACCUAAGCACUGUGAUAACAACGAGGUCCUUAAAGCUCUGUGUAUCGAAGCCGGUUGGACCGUCGAAGAAGACGGUACUACUUAUCGAAAGUCCAUUGUACAGGGAUGCAAGCCGGUCCCAAUGGAUGUGGCAGGCACUUCUACCAGAAUCACCCCUUAUACUUCCCAAAAUCCGAGCCCAAUGUCUUCUUCAUUUCCAAGUCCAAUCCCUUCUUAUCAAGUGAGUCCUUCAUCUUCUUCGUUUCCGAGCCCCUCUCGUCUGGAUGCUGGUGGCUACAAUCCCUCUAAUCUGAUUCCCUAUCUACGCAAUGCCAUUCCUUCAUCUCUUCCUCCCCUUCGAAUUUCAAACAGUGCCCCUGUAACCCCACCUCUGUCUUCUCCAACCUCGAGAAAUCCCAAGCCAAUUCCCAAUUGGGAAGCCAUUGCCAAGCAAUCCAUGGCCUCUUUCAAUUACCCUUUUUAUGCUGUUUCAGCCCCAGCUAGCCCAACACGCCACCAGAUUCACAUCCCAGCGGCUACAAUACCUGAAUGCGAUGAGUCUGAUACUUCUACUGUUGAUUCUGGCCAAUGGGUGAGCUUCCAAAAGUUUGCUCCUUCUGCUUCUACGAUGCCAACCUCUCCAACCUUUAAUCUUGUGAAACCUGCUGCUCAGCCAAUUUCUCCUAUCAACAUUGGUCCGGACACUGUGAGAGGAGCUGAAUUCGACUUCGGAGGUGGACAGGUAAUGCCUUGGGUUGGAGAGAAGAUUCAUGAAGUUGGAAUGGAAAUGGAUGAUUUGGAACUCACACUGGGUAGCGGGAAAGCUCGAAGUUAAAGUCUAGCCUGGUUGCGAAGUGUAUGCGUCAUACAAGAAUAUAGAGAAAAGGACUGGUUUUGCUGGUUUCACUCUAGUUUCAGCUUAUUGUUGAAGACUUAAGUGCAUUUCUAGUUCUCUGUUUCAAUCAAUCCCAUUCAGCAGAAAUCUACAAAUCUUGAACCUUAUUGGGUUCCUUCUAGUAAUUGAAUUCCAUGGAGAAUUCUUGAUCAUUUAUUUAUUUUUCUUUCUUUUAA